CACGCAAUAGCUGAUAGCUGCAUAAUUUCCGACCAGCCGAUGCAAGUUCAAAAGCUUGGCAAUAACAACUCUUCCCAAACAGUUCUAAACGGUUCAUUCACUAAGAAGAGAAACCUGCAUUCUACAAUUUCUAGCAGCUCAUCAAAACACGCUACUUUAGUGACAUAAGAUACGAUAACCGUCUACUGUGUAUCGCUCGACUUUCAGGCUUAUCAAUAGUUGUUUUACUGAGUGACCUCGAGUGCUUAAAGCCUGUGGAAUCUCUUUGCGAUGAUUUUUUCCUUUUGCCUGCUGGUGGUACUUCUUUCUAAUCAGCUAUGUUGUUUACUUGCGAAGGGAACAAGGCCAAAGUGGGGACCUGUGGAUCCGGAUGUCAACCGUAACGUGUCUCAGCUGAUCCAUAACCGCGGGUUUCCUGUGGAAGAGCAUGACGUCAUCACCAAGGAUGGCUAUAUUUUGAGUGUGCAGAGAAUACCCCACGGGAGGAAAGGACGAGAAAGCCUGGGGCCGAGGCCCGUGGUGUUUUUACAGCAUGGAUUACUCGCGGACUCUUCGUGUUUUGUGCAGAGCUGGGAAUAUGAUUCACUCGGGUACAUUCUGGCUGACAAUGGUUAUGACGUCUGGCUUGGAAACAUCCGGGGUAACCGAUACUCGAGGUCACAUGUCAAGUACAAUCACAAACAGAUGGAAUUCUGGGAUUUCAGUUUUGAGGAGUUUGGCGAGUACGAUAUUCCCGCCAUGAUUGAGCAUGCGCUGUCAGUCUCCGGUCAGAGCCAACUCUACUAUAUCGGGCAUUCGCAAGGCACGCUGGUCGGAUUCAUUUCCUUCUCCACGCACCCCGAGAUCGCGAAAAAAGUGAAACGUUUUAUAGCACUCGCCCCAAUCUUCCACCUAAACCACACGGCCACUAUUGUACGAGAUGCGGCUUUCACCCUUGGACCAAUACAGGAGUUGCUAUUUCCUCUUGGCCCCACCCAGUUUUUCCCCGGCUACCUGAUCAAGCUUUUAACAAAGCUCGGCUUCUGCGGAGGAAAGUACAAGGCAAAACUAUGCUAUGAUAUUUCCGAACUGAUCUUUGGCUUUGAUGAUGGCAAUGCCAACAUGAGCCGCGUGCCUGUAUUUUUUACCCACUUCCCAUCCGGGACGUCUUUCAAGAACAUCAUACAUUUUGGACAGAUUGUAUAUUAUGGCCGAACGGCGCGUUUUGACUAUGGAAAGCGCAGAAACAUGAAGCGUUACGGCAAGCCAAAACCACCAGUCUAUGACGUCACAAAGAUGGACGUACCUACAGCACUCAUCCUAGGUACGCAUGACAACUUGAGUACUGUCCCGGAUGUUGCGCCAAUCCGUGCGCAGAUACCGCACGUGACCUUCUACGAGGUUAUCCCUGAAUGGAAUCAUAUCGAUUUUGUCGCCGGAAUCGAUGCAUACAAACUUCUUUACCCGAAGCUGUUAACUUUGCUGCAAGAGUUUGAGUGAUAUGUUCUUUGACCCAACAUGUCACGAAUUGAGAUUGCGUGACUUUCACAUAAUUCAUUCGUAUAAGUCCUCUGACCCAACAUGUCACCAAUUGAGAGUGACUUUCAAGUGAGAGUGACUUUCAGCGUGACUUUAUCUUGACUUUCACUUUAUUGAUGCAUAAAAGAUCCACUAUUUAUAGCUGUUUUUGCUAUAAAUCACCAAUUGAGAGUGCGUGACAUUCUAUUAAUGCGUACAUGUCGUCUGACCCAACAAGUCACGUGGAGAUCACACUGAGAUUGUGUGACUUUCACGUGAUUGAUGCUUACAGGUUCUCUGACCCACUGAAUUUGUGUACUCUUGUGACUGUCACGGGGAAGUUAUUUCGAAAUUUUUUCGCAUAAUGAAAACAAUAACAAAACUUGUAAGUUCAUCACUGAUUGUGCUUGUGUGCGACUAUCACGUGAUAUUAUGCCGAAACGGUUUUAAUAAUACGUUAAUACAAACCAUUAUUUUAGCUUUUGAUUAAUUCCUUUAACGACCAUGUGAAUGUUGUCAUAAUUUGUGUAAAUAAACUUUUAUAAGAACUAUUAAAAAUGCUUUUUCGU